AUUUAAUACCAAAUAUCUUCUUACUAGGGUGACCAGUUUGACGCUGGACUUGUCAAAUUUCUGCAAUACCAAGAGAGUGCGCGCGCCGUCCCGGUGACUGUGAGCGCGCGCUGGAGAGACACAGGAGAAGGAGGAGGCAACGGGAAAACGGGGGGAUAGCUGUGUGUGGGGGGGAGGGAGCAUCACCGAAGCGGAUUUCUGGCAUCCUCUGUGUGUAUAUCGCGCCAUUCUUCGCUCACUCGAGUCGUUAUAUCUCGCGAGCGGAGGCGUCACCUUCGGUUUGUAGGUCGUUAUCGUCGUUGUGUGAGCGUGAGAAUGAGCGACGCCUGGCACGAGCGCUGCCGUGCAGUGUAAACCUGCCCAGCCUCAAUCACCGCAUCUCGACAGAGCUGAUGGGAACCAACGCGGAUACAGGUACAGCAUUAAUACACAGACUGCUCUGAUCGCCGACCAAAUACGACAAAAUCCUGUCGGUUUGUUUGUUUGUUUGUUUUUUGUAUUCUGUCGCUUGAGCUGCUUCUUUACACGGAAAGCGGAGGAGGAGGAGAGGAGUUGGACUGGGAUAUAUUUUAUUUUGUUCAUUUUUCCACCUCACCGGGCUCCACUGAAUUACCCUCCUAUCACCAUUUGAUGAUCAGGUGUGAUGUAGGACAACGUCCGAAAUACGAUCAAGCAAAGUUUAUGAAUCGGAUCUUGACUAUAAUUGUGAUCUUAUCCGUUUUGUCGGUUGUCUUCGGCCCCCUGCAUUUUUGAGGGAACCCAGCAGGGCAGAUAGGGGGAGAUAUAGACGUAGAGGAGAACGCAUCAGAGGUGGAAAACCCAGUGCUGAAGAGGGAGAGAGAGAGGGAGAGAGAGAGAGAGGGAGAGAGAGAGAGAGAGAGAGAGAGUGAGAGAACAAGGAACAUUAAAUCAUGCUGCCUUCGCAAGAAGCCUCCAAGAUCUAUCACGACAACUACAUGCGCAACUCGCGGGCCAUCGGCGUGCUGUGGGCCAUCUUUACUAUCUGUUUCGCCAUCAUCAACGUGGUGGUGUUCAUCCAGCCUUACUGGAUAGGCGACAGCGUAAACACGCCGUACGCCGGCUACUUCGGCCUCUUCCACUACUGCAUGGGUGAGGGAAGCUCGAACCGAGAGCUCAGCUGCCGGGGCACGUUCUCCGAUUUAAGCUCCAUGCCAUCAGGCGCCUUCAAGGCCGCCUUUUUCUUCGUGCUGCUCUCCAUGGUGCUCAUCCUGAGCUGCAUCGCCUGCAUGGCGCUUUUCUUCUUCUGCAACACCGCCACCGUGUACAAGACGUGCGCCUGGAUGCAGCUGCUCUGCGCUGUGUGUCUGGUGUUUGGAUGUAUAAUUUUCCCGGCUGGCUGGGAUGCAGAGGUGGUUCAGGACUUGUGUGGUGAGGAGACAGGGAAGUACACGUUGGGGAACUGCUCAGUGCGCUGGGCCUACAUCCUGGCCAUCAUUGGCAUCCUGGAUGCACUCAUCCUCUCUUUCCUUGCCUUCGUCCUCGGGAAUCGCCAGAGCGACUUCCUUCAAGAUGAAGUCAAGGCUGACAAUAAAGACUUUGCAGUAUCAAGGCCACUGCACCUGACCUCUACACGCCGAAUGGAUGGUAUUGAAAUCCGUGACACAAAGGAUCCUCGUUUUGGAGUCCAGCGAUUCCAUUAAAGAGACGCCACCUCCACUCUUUCUUCUCUUCCUUCUUCAUCCUUGUGUCCUUCUCUCCUUGUCCUCUCAGGUCUGCGUCUCUGACCUCAAGUUAGGAAGCUGCUAGCUCAGCUCUUUGUAAUAUAGGACUGGCCUGGAGCACAUUUCAAGAAGAGAACCUAUUCUACAUACAUACACCUGUUUAAAGAGAAUUCAAAAUCAAGACAAAAAAAAAAAAAAAAAAUCAGCUUUACAAAUCCAACAACUCUGGGAAAGUGAUGAACCUUACACAGUAUUAUUAUUCUAUAUUAUUACUAUAAUUACAAUGUUACAGUGAUAAUUAUGCUUGCAACAGCGGUAUUAUGUUCAAAUUUACAUAUUUUAUCAAAAAUGGGAAAAAGCAAUUAUUUCUAGCUUUAAAAAAUACAUUCUAAUAAUGAAUUAAUGCAUAUGUAUAAGUGCUUGGGUGCUACUAGACACAAAUGAAUUAAAAAAAUCAAGCCAAAAAUCAAAUAAAAGAAAAAAAAAGGGGAGGGGGGGGGGCAACAUUUUGUACAGCACAAGAUGUAAUUUUGAAGACCGACUUUUUUUCCUGGAAGAUUUUGAACUCCCUUCUUUGUACACAUGGUCAACAACCAGAGAUUAGUAUGAGAAAAAGAAGUAGUUCAUUUGUAAAUAAUAGAUUUCUAUGGAGACAGGGUACAGACAUAACACAUUUAUUGACCCAAACUAUAUUCCCACUCCACCCUGGAGCGAACUUGUGAAAUUUCUCACCAUUUCUUCAUCUCUUGAUCAAAUGGGAACUGCCGGUUCUCAGAGUUUCUAGCUAUACACCAUGAGGAGUCUAUGUUAAUGUCUGAAAGUUAAAAAUUAUUUCGGCAUGGAACUUUCCAUUCACAAAGCUUCACUGCUUAUUUUAUCUGGUUCACCGUUCUUUAUCUUUAUUUUUUUUUAUUAUUAUUAUUUUAAUUAGCCUCUGUUAAACAGCAGGGAGGUGACGAACAAUGACCAACCAAAUGACACUUUUCGCAUUCUGGUUACAAUAAUUUCACUACUAGUUACUUAAUCUUGCUUGUUUUAAUCCUUUUACAUUUUGUUUUACUUCGUAUGUUUGUUUCAUACAUUUUGUCUUGAUGAAAAGCCCUGCAUGCUGCAUUCUACUCAGGCCCGACAAGUGGAGCACUAACAAGUUGUAUUUCACCAUUUCCCAGACCUGACGAGUUGAGCAUCACUGAGACCAUACAACUAAACAGCACAAUAGAGCUGACCAUGAUGGGUCGACAUAUGGGGUUUGUCUUUAAGGGAACACAAGCAGCCUGAAGAUAUAUCUCAGCGUUAGCUUCUAAACUCACGUUAGCUAAGAAACCUUUUGUUCUCAGCUGCAAUGAACAAACCUACGUGCUACAAUCAGCCCCAGGUAAAUGAAUCUUUUUAAUUACAGAAAGAUCCUAAACUGUGCACGAGUCUCAGUUCACGCCAUCGUGGGUUUCACUACAUCUAGAAAUAGCUUCACACGUUGGUGUCCUCAUGCCUAACGUAAGGAGGAAUAACACUUUAAUGUCAGUUUUGGGCACAGCUAUGCAGCAAUGUGAUUGA